AUGUCUUCAUUCUUGAGAAAGGUUGAUGAUGUGUUCCGCACGAAGGAGAGCAAAUUCCAAGACUUCCAGGAGAGCGAAAAGAAGUGGGGAAAUGAGGACCUCGACCCUUCUCCACCAUCUGCCCGUAUUUGGACGCACUGGAACUAUUUUGCCUUUUUUUGGGCUGUUUCGUUCAAUCCUGUGGCAUGGAACACUGGGUCCAGCAUGAUCGCCGCUGGGUUACUCUGGUGGCAGGCUACCGUGGCUGCAAUCGUAGGCAUGAUGAUUAUGGCAACAUUCUUGGUUCUAAACUCUCGCGGAGCAUCCAUAUAUCACAUUGGUUUCCCCGUGUACGUGCGUAUUUGCGCUGGUUUCUAUGGUUCCAUGUGGUUUAUAUUCGUCCGCGGGAUAGUGGCGAUAUUUUUCUUUGGAACGCAGACAUACUAUGCCGGUAAAUUAUUCGAGGUCAUGCUCCGCUGCAUCUUCGGGCACGCCUGGACUGAUAUCCCAAACCAUCUCCCUAAGAGUGCUGGAAUCACCACUUCGGGCAUCACGGCUUUCUUCCUGUUCUGGUUGUUGCAGCUCAUCUUCAUGUUCAUUCAUCCUUCCAAUAGCAGAUGGCUUUAUACCUUCAAGAGUGUGCUGUGCCCACCAGUACUGAUUGCAACCUUUGGAUAUAUCGUUGGGAAAGCCGGCGGUCUUGGUGCAACCCACAAGCUUGGUAAAGUCGCGAAAACACCUUCGGCCGUCGGAUGGGCGUUUAUGCAAGGGAUCAACUCGGUCUCUGGAUCUCUCAUGACUGAAGUUUCGUCCAAUCCGGAUUUGGCGAGAUAUGCCCGAACUUCUGCGGCAACGACCUGGCCACAAUGGAUCGGUCUCGUUGUUGCAAAGUCUCUUUGCACCUUCUUGGGUAUCGGCGCGUCCAGUGCAGUGAAGACCCUUUGGGGAACGGCUUACUGGAACAUUUGGGAUUUAUACACUGCUAUCCUAGACCAUAACUAUAAUGCUGGCACCCGGACAGCCGUGGCUCUGGCAUGUUUCAUCCAGGCUUUUGCGGUUAUUGCCACCAAUUUAGCGGCGAAUGCGGUGCCUGUUGGUUCUGAUCUUACUGGAUUGUUUCCGCGAUAUUUCAACAUCGUUCGAGGACAGGUCUUGUGUGCAGUGUUAGGCUUAGCAAUAUGUCCUUGGAAGCUUGUGAAUUCAGCUGCUGCGUUUAUCACCUUCCUUGGCUCAAAUGUUGUGUUCCUAUCACCUCUCGUUAGCAUAAUGAUCACCGACUACUUCUUCAUUCGCAAGGGCAAUGUUCAUAUCCCAUCCCUUUAUAAGGCAAACUCGAGCAGCCCAUACUGGUACUAUGGUGGGUUCAAUCUUCGGACGAUUGUGGCGUGGCUCAUCGCUCUCCUCUCGGUCAUUCAUGGUCUAGGUGGCUCGUUCAAUAAAAACUGGAAUAUUGGCAGCAAGCACAUCUACUACAUUGGCAUGUUAAUGAGCUUUGCCAUCGCCGGACCACUUUAUUACAUCUUCAACCUCAUCUGGCCUGUAGACAUAUACCCUCUGGAGCACAUCAAUGCCCCAAAGACCAGAGAGAUCAUGGCUAAGACAGAUGGGCUGUUCGAUGAUGAGGUUAUUAUCGGAUAUGAGGAAGAUGGCGUUACUGAGGAGAAUAAGGCUUUUGAGACGAAGGUUUGA